AUGACCGCGUUGGAGCUGACCCAGUUCCGUUACACUCCAUACAAUUCAAAGAAUCGCACGAAACCUACGGCUUCUACCCCGCUGCCAUCAGGAUCAGAAGAACCUCUGCCUACAGAACCCAAGCCAAAACGUGGACAAGAAGAACCGCAUUAUCCUGUUGGUCAUCAGGCUCGGAAAGUGUAUACAACAACCUCGGGCAAGCGAUUAACGCCGUACCAAUGGAAGGUGUACGACUUUAUUCUCAGAGUCCCAGCAGGUAAAGUCACAACCUACAGGGACGUCGCGCAAGCCAUCGGUGGCUCUGCCAGAGCAGCUGGAACUGCUUUGUCCAAGAAUCCCUUCAGCCCUUAUGUCCCUUGUCACCGUGUGAUCACCUCGGACCUCUCUAUUGGCGGCUUCUUUGGCCAGAAGAACGAGAAGGGCAAGUCGCAUCCUUCAAUCGAGCGCAAGAGGGCUCUUCUUGCCGCCGAAGGGGUCCUAUUCGACGGGAACGGACGGUUGUGCAAACCUGAUCUAGUCGUGCAACCAUGA